GAUGUCGCAACAUUUAAGUUGAGCUGUCAAGCAGUGCACUUAUUGAUCAAUCCAAAUACGAUAUGGCAGGAGCCUUGGUGAGGAUAAAUUUUCUUCAAAAGCCAUCAUUGGCAUGCACGAGUUUGCCCUCUGUGGCACAGCUUCGUUUGCAAGGUACUUCAUCGCCACCAGGUACACCACCUCCUCAAACCAAAACCAAGUUUGGAAAUCUCGCCGAUCAAGACCGUGUUUUUACCAACUUAUAUGGACGACACGAUUGGCGGCUUAAGGGUGCUUUGAAGCGCGGAGAUUGGUAUAAAACCAAAGAAAUAUUGUUAAAAGGUACGGACUGGAUCAUCAAUGAACUAAAAACUUCUGGACUUCGAGGCCGUGGUGGUGCUGGCUUUCCGUCUGGAAUGAAAUGGUCAUUUAUGAAUAAACCAUCAGAUGGUCGACCAAAAUACUUGGUUGUAAACGCUGACGAAGGUGAGCCAGGUACUUGCAAAGAUCGUGAAAUUAUGCGGCACGAUCCUCACAAGCUUGUAGAGGGUUGCUUAGUGGCCGGUCGAGCAAUGGGUGCUCGUGCUGCUUACAUAUAUAUUCGAGGAGAAUUUUACAAUGAGGCAUCAAAUAUGCAACUGGCUAUAGCAGAAGCCUAUCAAGCGGGUUUAAUUGGUAAAAAUGCAUGCGGUUCUGGAUACGAUUUCGACGUAUUCAUGCAUCGUGGUGCUGGUGCUUAUAUCUGCGGAGAAGAAACCGCUUUAAUUGAGUCACUUGAAGGCAAACAAGGAAAACCUCGUCUAAAGCCUCCAUUUCCAGCUGAUGUUGGUGUUUUUGGAUGUCCAACUACUGUAAACAAUGUAGAAACAAUAGCAGUGGCUCCUACUAUUAUGCGACGUGGUGGAGCUUGGUUUGCAAGUUUUGGACGUACACGUAAUUCAGGAACAAAACUGUUUAAUAUAUCCGGUCAUGUAAAUAAACCUUGCACAAUAGAGGAAGAGAUGUCGAUUCCUCUUAAAGAAUUAAUUGAACGUCAUGCUGGUGGAAUUCGUGGGGGUUGGGAUAAUUUACUUGGAGUAAUUCCUGGAGGUUCUUCAACACCGGUCAUUCCAAAAAAGGUUUGCGAUGACGUCUUGAUGGAUUUUGAUGGUUUAAUUGCUGCACAAACUUCACUUGGAACUGCAGCACUUAUUGUUAUGGAUAAAUCAACUGAUAUAAUUAAGGCUAUUGAACGUUUAACCGCGUUCUAUCGUCACGAAAGUUGUGGGCAGUGUACACCAUGUCGUGAGGGCAUUAUGUGGAUGCACAAAAUUAUGAAACGUUUUGUUGCCGGAAAUGGUCAACCAGAGGAGAUAGAUAUGUUAUGGGAAAUAUCCAAACAAAUUGAGGGUCAUACAAUUUGUGCUCUUGCUGAUGGAGCAGCAUGGCCUGUCCAAGGAUUGAUUCGACAUUUCCGACCUGAAAUCGAGGAAAGAAUGAAGAAAUACGCCGUUAGGGCAUCAAAUUAAUUAGCACCGUAUACUGUGAAUAAAUAUAUAUGUUACAUUAAAACGUUAACGCAGAAGAAAAAGCUUGAUAUGUUAACACUAAAACUUCGACACUUUUUAAAAGUUGGCUCCAAUACCCCUAAUAUGCUGUAUCCGACUAUUAAACGUUCUGCACCUACAAAGUUUAUGAAAUAAAUACCAUUAAGUUGCCACAGCCCAUUGUUUGGUUCCCGCUUUCUUUCUUUUUUUUUUAUAAAAGAAUGUAUCACUAUUUAAGUAAAAGAAAGUGAACGGUACCUUUGCUUAUAGGACAUAUUUCUGACCCAGAAUUUUAUGGGCCUUCAUUUUAACAUGCAAAUGGCUGAUAUAAUUGCACUGAUAAAUAAAUUGAAAUUUUCUUAAAUGAAAAAUAUUUGUAUUUGUAUGUAGUAUUUGUAUUUGUAUUGAGUGUAACUGCAAGAACAGAUUUGUGGGUAAAAUCUAAUACAAAAUGGAAUUCAAAAAGAUUUUAGCAUUAUAUCUCGAAAAUCAAAGAAAAAAUUAAUUCAAAGAAAUUGCUUGCAUUUCACAAUCGUGUUUGAAAAUAUCACAAAAUAAAUUUGAAAAUUAGUAAGUGUAAGUGUUUUAUACGGUGUGAUGCCCAAACUUUUUAUGAUAAUUUACAUCAAAAAAAAAAUACUACAAAAAUUUUCUUUAACGCUACUUGAAAAAAUUCUUUUUAAAUAAAAUACACUCAAUAUAAAGUUGACAAAAAAAGAUUUUUUGACAUAUGUAAUUUUCAUGUAAUUUCAAGAUAUUGCUAUUUCAAAAAUAUUUCAUUAAUUUUUUACAAAAAAUGCUUAAGCCUCCCGAAAAUAAUCUUAUUUCUAUUAGAUUUCAGAAAAUACUAUGCAAAGCCUUUGAGUUUUUUGUGAGUACGUUUUAUUUUUCUUCACUUUUUUGUUUACAUUAAAGGCUUUGCCAAUUUUUAUGUCAGAUAUUUAAUAUUUGUGAAAAAAUGUUUGAGUGAAAGUACCUUCUAUUUUGUAUCAUGAUGCAGACUAUACUGUUAAACAGUGUUUGUAUAAAAUAAAAAAAUGUUUCAAUUCU